AUGGGUUUCGGAAUUGUUCCCGCGCUUCGCAUCGGUCAGGCCGUCCUAGCUGUCUUCGGAUUGGCCAUGUCUUGUUAUGUCGCCAACUGGUACAAUGUCGACAUCUCCGCAGCCUCGCCGUCCCAGGUCAACUUCUUGAUCUUCGCCUCGAUAUGGUCUCUAAUCUCCCUGGCCGUCCUGGAGAUUGUGCCCAGAUUCGCCCCCCGAGCAUCCCACCCGUACAGUGCUCUGGCAUUCGAGUUCACCAACGUCAUCUUCUGGUUUGCCGGAUUUAUCGCUAUUGCCGUCUUCCUGAGCAGGCUGCUCUUCUGCCGAAAUGCCGUGUGCGGCGUAGCCCAGGCCGAUGCGGUCAUUUCAGCCUUCCAGUUCGUCAUCUGGGGUGUCUCCAUCUUCUUCAUGGCAAAGGAUGUGUUCAAGGGGGGCCUCCGCAGGCCUGCAGCAGGCCGCGCCGGCCAGUCGAUGAAGGAGACCGUGGCCUAA